AUGAUGGUGCAGAAUCUAAAGAUUUGCUUAAGAUUUGUCAAUGGGUUUCAAGUUCUUCCUUCACAGGUGGAUUUAGUGAGGCGUAUAUUUGAAAAACACCCAUACAUGGCAUUAGAAGUCCGUCUAAAGAGCCCGGUUCUGAAGACAGCUUAUAUGAAUGUCCUACUUAGCCUGAUCAAGACCCUGCACGAGUUACCUCGAGAAAUCUCAAAGGAUGAUAUGGCUGAUGCAUAUGAUUCACUUGGAUCAAUGAAAGAUGUUGGAUUUAAGUUGGCUUGGUUGGAGAAGAAACUGGAUGAGGUGUCAGAAAAGAAAGAAAAAGAAGAGGCUUGUGAGGCUCGGAUGCGAGAAAUCGAACAAGAGUUGAAAGACUUGAAGGCAAAAGUGUUCGCCGCGAGAGCUCCACUUAGGCUGGAUGAUAUUUUUUGCUGA